AUGGACGACUCCGCUAUUCGUCAAACCUCGAGACGCGAGUUGGAUGCGUUCCCUCCCUCUUCCUCGUCCUCACGCUCGACCUACCCUCAUCGCCCGCCUACGUCCUCCAGGUCCUCUCACUCUGCCUUCGACUCCGACUCGGAUUCGCCUUCCUCCGCACUCCACUCAAUCGCCCCCUCCCGCUCUCGCCGCCGCCCCCGUCCCACAUCCAUCAAUACCCACUUCUCGAAAACCCUCUCCCGUUUCCCACCUACCCCUCGUAACCAGGCAAGACGCGACUCGCCUCAUGAGCAUGGGCAGGAGGCGGGAGUCGAUUUCGCGUCCCCACCGGUUUAUCGCCAUCACGAGGAGUACCCGACUCUCGCGAGUCCUAUGAGUCCCGAUGAAUGGGAGGAGGAGAGUCGGAUGCUGGAGGGGUUAGGAUCUCCACGCGAAAGGCAGAGGGAGACGGAGGAGCACCCCUCUACGCCUCUGAACGCCUUUGACAUCCGCCGCCAGAACGCGCGAAGGGCGCACGAAGAGCCGGGACCGAUGAGUCCUGACGAAGUGGCGGAAGAGCGGGCGGUUUUGGGCAGGGUGGAGAAGCGGAGGGGAGGGCCGGAGACUAGGAGGGAGAGGAAGGUGCGGUAUCGCCAAGCUCGCCAGCAAGGCGCAGGAGCGGAGCAUGAGAGGGGGGAGGAGCCGAUGGAUGAAGACUGGCGAGCGGCUGUCGAGGGGGAAUACUCGCCGUCGCCUGAAGAGGGAGACUCGGUUCCGGAGGAGGAGGAGGAGGAGCGCAAAGGCGGGGAGAGACGCACCCGAGCGCUUCCUCAUGCCUCGGCGCAGGCGAAAUGGAUCAGUGGGGUGAUGAACUCCGAGGUGAACAAGCCGCAGCGGUCGCCGCGCAUGAAAGGGAAGGGGAAGAGGAGGAGGCGGGUUGAGCCCAAGUCGCGUUACUUGGGCAGAGUGCAGGAGGAGGACGAGGGCCCGGAGGAGCGAGGAGAGGGGCGGGAGGGGAGGCACGUCGAGUCCAGCCCGGAGGAGUCGCCGGCGGAGGACGAGCAUCGACCGCUCAAUCAGCACCGCGACGACGAAGGACGGCGUGCUCCCUCUCCCGAGCCGGCGCGGAAGCCCUCAAAGCGACGAAAAGAGCGCGGGUGGGACGAGGAGAAGUACGGACCUGCACACCUUUCUCACCGGCCGGACCAGGAGAAGAAGACGAAGGGGUGGAGCUGGACGGCGAUUCAGCACGACGGGAGCAAGCAGUGUGUUGUGGCGGGGUGUAUCGUGCUGGCCAUCGCGUUGCUGGCGGUGGCAGGCUGGGCGAUCUGGUUUUUCGGGACGCAGUACCACAAGCAGGGAUCGUAG